CUAUAAAAUUGUGCUCUGUGGAGUCAUGCCAUAUAGCACGGUGCCACUCCAGGAAAAAUAAGUACAUACCAAACAUAUGAAAGAGAGAACUGAACACAAUGUUCUAAAAACAUAAAGGAUAAAAGGAAAAUAAUUUCAGGCAUCAUCGGUAUAAAUAGUUGACAGGGAUGAAGUAGUUGAAAAAGAAGAAGAGCAACCACACCUGUUGUCUGUCAUAGGCCAAAGAGGUUGGAGGAGUUGAGACAUGAUAAUAGUUGAAUCAUUAUAAUCUAUAUUCUUCACAUGUCUAGAUCUGAAUCAGUUAACCAUUCUUUGAAGUAAACUAUUUGGAAGUGAAGACUUCUCUGAUACCACUUUAGGAAUGGAAGAUAGGGGCACCUGGGUGGCUCAGUUAGGCGUCUAACUUUUGAUCUUUGAUCAUGGGAUUAGAUUUUAGGUCAUGGGAUUGAGCCCGGCUUUGGGCUCCACAAUGGGCAUGGAGCCUGCUUAAGAUUCUCUCUGUCUCCCCCACUGACCUUCCCCCCAAGUCACGCACACAAGUGUGUGCAUGCAUGCACGCUCUCUCUCUCUCUUAAAAAAAAAAAAAAGGAAUGCAAGAUAAACACCCAGAGAGCUUUUUGUCUGGUGCAGUUCAUGGAUUGUGAAUAUGUAUGUGUCCUUUUUAGAAAAGCUUGAGCUUAAUUGUUUUAGAAUAUGUUAAACUUCAGUUGUGCCCCAAAUUCUACGUGUAGUAAUGAAAGUUAACAUUUUAUAGAAUGUGGGGGAACAUGAGUUCUCUUAUUCUCUGUACGUAGGUUACCUUUUGGACCGAAGUUAAAUUAUUAAUUAUGUAAACAUACUCCAUUUUGGUACAAGAUAUAUCAUUUAGAGAAGAAAUUGGCUCUAUAUGUGGAGACCUAGACUCUGAUCCUUUAUUCUACUUUUUUUACUUUGUAUGUUUGUGUUUGACAUUUGAAAGCCGAAUUAUGAUCAGCAUCUGCCAACUUGACCAGCCAAGGGAUAUUCAAUGGCAGCUUAGCCAUUCUGACCUUGUUUCCCUGAUAAAGUAAUUUCUUCCCUUCCUCUUCAACAAUUUUGAUCUCUUGUUCUUAUUUAAAAGCCAGACUAAUAAGAUUACUCCACUCUAAGCAGUUUUUCAGAGUUGGCUGAGCUAUCAAAUAGAAUCUGUGUAGUUACUUGUUUUUUUAAAAUACAGAAAUUCAUAAACAAACCUAGGUCUAAUUAUUUAAAAAUUGGUUGCAAUAUAGCUGCUUCCCUGGCAGCUAUAGCUGAACUGUCUUACCCCAAACCUAUACAACAUGAUGUUUUUGGAGUUGAAAAAUAUGUGGAAGUUUCCAGGAGGCCUGUCAGAGCCCGGAGAAGAUAUUGGAGACACAGCAGUUCGAGAAGUUUUUGAAGAGACUGGUAUAAGAUCAGAAUUCAGGUCCCUCCUGAGCAUUCGGCAACAGCAUACCAAUCCUGGAGCUUUUGGGAAGUCAGAUAUGUAUAUCAUCUGUCGCUUAAAGCCACAUUCAUUCACCAUAGAUUUUUGCCAGCAUGAAUGCUUAAGGUGUGAAUGGAUGGAUCUCAGUGACCUGGCCAAGACUGAAAAUACAACUCCCAUCACCAGCAGAGUUGCUAGGCUGCUGCUCUAUGGGUACAGAGAAGGGUUUGACAAGAUUGAUUUCACCAUGGAAGAACUUCCGGCAGUUUACACAGGCUUGUUCUAUAAACUCUAUCACAAGGAACUGCCAGCCAAUUACAGAACUAUGACAGGAAUGGAUUAAAUCCAUAGUUACAUGUUUUAAAAAAUUUUAAGUAAAUUGCACAUGCAGAAUAAUGUGUGCCGUACUAUAAAAAGUAGUGGACAUUUGGGGUUAACUAAAUAUCUGACUUUAAUAUUCUAAUGUUUAUAAUUUUCAUAAGAAAACUUGUUUGAUGAAAACAUGCAAAUUUUAAAAGCCUCUUUCCAAAGGAAGCAAAUGUAUGAAAAAGAUUGUAGCACUAAGUAAGCUUCACUGGGUAAAGGAAAAUGCAAUACAAAAGGUGGAAGUCUAUACAUUUUCCGGGAA